ACUAACUACGGACAGGGGACCAUCAAGAUUGUCCGAAAAGCGGAAAAUACCACACGUCAAAUAGCGCGCCAUAGAAAUCAUUUAGUGUUCAACUUGCGAUGUAAAGGCGAAUGUGUCAUUCCUCCAAGCCUUCGCUUAAAGUGCCCUAUUAAUUCCGACAAAGUAAGAAACAUUGUAGAGAAAGCCAGAAAGAACCUUCUUCGAGAGAGGAUUCGGCCAACAAACCAGAAAAUAAUUCAUUUACAAGACAAGAAGCGGUGUUUAGCGGAGCGAUUCCCAAGCGACGUCCAACAACAAUUAAACGCGCGCCUAACAAGA